AUGUCAACUGCUGUCGCGCCGAACGGGGAAGCACAAAUCGAUCAUUUAAAGAACUUAAUACAGCAAAACGCGAAACGUUCGAGGACUCUCUACGCCGAAGUCCAGCAACAAGAUGAAUUGCAUACAGAACCCGCCGAACAGCUGGCGAUAGCAUCACGGAUACAUUCAGAAUACGAUGCGGUAAAAGAACUACCGCCUGCGCUGGCGGCGAAAAUGGCCAAUGCCGCUGGACCGAGGAAGAAAGCGAAGACCGCCCCGGCAGAGGAGAAAAGUGCAGAUGCGAAGACGAUGAAAAUGAUUGAGGGCGUAGCUUCAAGAGAUACCAGUAACGGAAAUACAUCUACAGCUCUGACUGUCCGAGGACGAGUGACCACGGAAAACCUACCCCCGAACGCGAACGGUCCAACGACGCAGCGAAACCUACCAUCCUCGAGUCUUGUCCGAAAGCAAACUGUCCUGCCUAUAAAACCAGAAUGGCACGCUCCUUGGAAACUCAUGCGCGUGAUCUCUGGACAUCUGGGUUGGGUGCGCGCGCUCGCUGUUGAGCCUGAGAAUAAAUGGUUUGCGAGUGGUGCUGGGGAUAGGACGAUUAAGAUCUGGGAUCUCGCGACGGGAAAUCUGAGACUGACGUUGACGGGCCAUAUUUCUACGGUCAGAGGCCUUGCUGUGUCGCCUAGACAUCCGUAUCUGUUUUCGUGUGGAGAGGAUAAGAUGGUUAAGUGUUGGGAUUUGGAGACGAAUAAGGUUAUCAGACAUUACCAUGGUCAUUUGAGUGGUGUCUAUACGCUGGCUUUACAUCCUACGCUCGAUGUUCUAGUAACUGGGGGUCGAGAUGGUGUUGCGAGAGUGUGGGAUAUGCGGACGAGGAGUAAUAUCCAUGUGCUUUCGGGACAUAAGGGCACGAUUUCGGAUUUGAAAUGUCAGGAGGCGGAUCCACAGGUCAUUACUUCUUCGCUGGAUUCGACGGUACGGUUAUGGGAUCUUGCGGCUGGAAAGACUAUGGGUGUAUUGACGCACCAUAAGAAGGGCGUAAGAGCAUUAGCUGUUCAUCCUAAGGAGUUUACCUUUGCAACCGGAAGUACGGGGAGUAUCAAGCAGUGGAAGUGUCCUGAAGGAGCUUUCAUGCAGAAUUUCGAAGGCCAGAACUCGAUCAUCAACACCAUGUCGGUAAAUGAGGAUAAUGUCUUGUUCUCUGGAGGCGAUAAUGGGUCUAUGAGCUUUUGGGAUUGGAAAUCGGGACACAGAUUUCAGUCGCUAGAGACCACAGCUCAGCCAGGUUCGCUCGAUGCAGAAGCUGGACUUAUGAGUUCUACAUACGAUAAGACUGGACUACGAUUGAUUUGCGGAGAAGCGGAUAAGACCAUCAAAGUAUGGAAACAAGACGAGACAGCAACACCAGAGACCCAUCCUCUAGAAUGGAAACCAACAUUAGGUCGACAAAAAUUUUAA